CAUAGGGCCCAGGUAAGCUGGCAAAUAUAAAUCUCCAUGUGCUACAGCUUGGGAAGGAGGGAGGGUCAUUUUCUUCCACAAGGUGUGGAAAGUUAGUAUUAAGAAAAAUGAAUGUAACAUGCUGAAACUAGGCAUAAUGGUAGGAUGAUGUUCUUGGGUCCAUUUAAGAAGAGCAUUCAGUAUCAAAACUACCUCUUUAAAAACACUCUUGAAAAUUGACCCUACUCUCAUGUUGACUUUCUUUGUUUGUUUUUACAAAAAAUGUAAAUAGUAACUUAAUAAUUUCAUUGAAUUCCUCCCAGGAUUUCUACACAUGGCCUUUCACCCCACAUUGCAAUGUACUAAUAAAAAGGUAGAUUUCAGUGAAGCUGAUAACUUAUUGCUUAGUAUCGAAGGUUUUGCAUAGCCAGAGAACAGUAAGUUAAGUGCAUGUUUGUGUGUGAGAGAGACAGAGGUGAGAAAAGAGAGGAACAAGAAGAUAUAUCACUAAUUUUGUUGUGCUUUUAUUAAGAUCAAAGUUGGAGGAACGGUAAAGAUGCUGAAGGAAAUCCAGUUGUGUCUGUGUGCCAUCUUCAUCUUUGCGUUUGGAAUAUUUUACCAGCUGUAUCAGGAUCCUGGUUGUGUCUUCUCCUGCAAACCUAUUUCAAAACAUUCAUUGACACCUAAAGAUGUCAUGUCCCAGGGCAGAAGCAUCAUAUUUCUGGAGACAACUGAAAAUUUGCAGCCUUCUCCGUUAGUUUUAUGUUCUGUUGAAUCUGCCGCUAGAAUAUACUUAGAUAGGCCCAUCAUUUUCUUAAUGAAAGGAAUGGACAAUAACUCAAUGACAGAUUUAGCAUCUUCUUGCCCAUCUCUCUCUUUUUUAUAUGCUAUGAAGAAUGUUUUCAUUUUCCCACUGAAGUUGAACAUUUUGUUCCAGGACACACCUUUGCUUCCCUGGUACCUUCAGGUCAAUGCAACACAGGAAAAACACUGGGUCUAUAUUAUAUCUGAUGCAAUCAGGCUUGCAAUGGUAUGGAGAUAUGGUGGAAUAUAUAUGGACACAGAUGUCAUUUCCAUCAGACCCAUCCCAGUGACCAAUUUCCUGGCAGCACAGUCUUCCCAGUUCUCCAGCAAUGGGAUCUUUGGUUUUCAACAGUAUCAUCAGUUCCUUUGGGAUUGCAUGGAAGAUUUUGUUGAAAACUACAAUGGAGACAUUUGGGGGAAUCAGGGACCGUAUUUAAUAACAAGGAUGCUUAGUAAGUUAUGCAAUCUCACAGAUUUUGUGGACACAGAGGAUCAGAAAUGUCACAACAUUUCUUUUUUGAACCCCCAACGUUUCUAUCCCAUCCCCUACGGACUUUGGACAAAGUACUAUGAAGUGUGGGAUUCAAGGCCAGAGUUUAAUAACUCUUAUGCUUUGCACUUGUGGAACUAUAUGAACCAAGAUCAGAAGAAAAAUAUCACAGUUGGAAGUAAUACACUAGUGGAAAACCUGUUCAGAACAUAUUGCCCUACGACGUACAAGACUCUCAUUCGAGCUGCAAAACAAAGUGAACAUUUGUUUCAAAAUGAGACAAGGUGAUGAAUUUUGACAAAACUGAAUGUGUGCAUUUACAAAUUGCAAUACUCAUGUUAAUUAGACUCCCAAAUGAAACACUUUUAGAACCAGACAGUUUUUAAUCCAACAGGGCUAUAGAACAUAAAUGGAUUUAUUAUGUGCAAGGAAUAUACAACUUGUUCUUAGGUGUCUUGGGCAUUUGUUACGCACACACACUCACAAUCACACACCACAAACAUGCUGUUUUCCUUCAUAUUAGGUAUAAAAAUGAUGUAUUUAUUACUGGGUUAGUCAUGUAAAAAAGGGGGCAACCUUCUUGCAUUAGGGGUAGCCUUGUUUGAGAAAGAGAACACAUGUUUCUUUUCUGCUUUUAAAGUAAAUGUUAAAUAUUUUUAAUUGGGUGUUAUUAUCAUCUUCAUUCAGAGCCGAGGAAGUCAAAAGUAGUGAAGCA